AUGGAGACCCCUCGGCCAGAACAGACCCACACGCGUGCAUCUAGCCCGGCAGCUUCUAUCAGCUCGUCCGAUACUGAACGUGACCACCAUGAACAACCCGAUUACCUCGAUCUGCCGGUCCGCGUGGUCAGCGAAGCUGCCGACUUUCGAGAAUACACAGAAGAGACCGCGGCAGGUGAAAUCAUCAAGCCGAUCAAGUCCAAUGUGACGGGUCAAAUGGAGGAUUGGAAGAUGGUGACCUUCACCAUGGACGAUCCUGAGAAUCCCAAGAACUGGUCUAAGGCCUACAAGUGGUACUGCACCAUGGUGGUUGCUUUCACCUGCUUUGUUGUCGCUUUUUGCAGUAGUGUCAUCACUGCUGACGUCGAAGGUCCCAUGGAGGACUUCAAUGUUGGACGUGAAGUCAGUCUGCUUGUUAUCACGGUUUUUGUUAUUGGAUUUGGUGUUGGACCCAUGGUCUUUGCUCCCAUGUCUGAAAUGUUCGGACGCAAGCCCGUAUAUACUCUCACUCUUGGAAUCGCCGUCAUCUUCAUCAUCCCAUGUGCUGUCGCCAAGAACAUCGGAACUCUUAUUGUUUGCCGUUUGAUCGACGGUAUCGCCUUCAGUGCCCCCAUGACUCUUGUCGGUGGUACCCUGGCAGAUCUGUGGAAGAGCGAGGAGCGAGGUGUGCCCAUGGCAGCUUUCAGUGCUGCUCCCUUCAUUGGUCCCGCUAUCGGCCCACUUGCUGGUGGCUUCCUCGGUGACAACUGCGGUUGGCGCUGGCUUUACUGGCUGCAGCUCAUUCUGUCCUUCGUCGCCUGGGUCCUGAUCACAUUCACUGUUCCCGAGACGUUCGCACCGGUCCUGCUGAAGAAGCGUGCUGCCAAGCUUCGCAAGUCCGAGGACGACCCCAAGUACACCACCGAAGCCGAGCUCGAUCCUCGUCCCAUGUUGGAGAAGCUGCGCAUUUUCCUCUUCCGCCCCUUCCAGCUCCUCUUCCUCGAGCCCAUCGUCUUGUUCAUCUCUCUCUACAUGUCUGUCUUGUACGGCUUGCUCUACAUGUUCUUCGUUGCUUAUCCCGUCGUUUUCCAGGGUGGCAAAGGAUGGUCUGCAUCUUCUACUGGUCUUAUGUUCAUUCCCCUGGCCAUUGGUGUCGUCAUGAGCGCAGCCUGUGCUCCUAUCGUCAACAACCAUUACCUCAAAAUCUCCGCCCAAUACGGUGGCAAGCCCCCUGCCGAGAAGCGUCUGAUUCCCAUGAUGUGGUCUUGCUGGCUCAUUCCCAUUGGACUGUUCAUCUUCGCCUGGACCUCCUACCCCCGCAUUCACUGGAUGGGACCCGCUAUGGGCGGCUGGCCCGUUGGUUUCGGCUUCAUCUUCCUGUACAACUCUGCAAACAACUAUCUUGUCGAUACCUACCAGCACCAGGCAGCAUCUGCUCUCGCAGCCAAGACCUUUAUUCGUUCUAUGUGGGGCGCCUCCACUGUCCUAUUCACCGAGCAGAUGUAUGAACGUCUGGGCUUGCAAUGGGCCAGCUCGCUUCUUGCCUUCAUCGCAUUGGCCUGUUGUAUCAUUCCUUAUGCUUUCUACUUCAAGGGAGAGUCCAUUCGCCGUUUCUCGCGGUACGCCUUCUCCGAUGAUGAGGAGAACCCCAUCAAGGCUUAA